AAGCACUAGAUUUCCAUUAACUUGAGAAUGUAACGUUAAAUAGGUUUAUUGUGAUGUGUAAACUAAACAUUAAAGCAUGUGACCUAGAAUUUUGGAAAUACGUUUACAAGUCCUCCACAAGUUGAAAUGAACGAAGACUUAAACAAAAAGUAGGCCCGUGAUAGGGCCCAUAUCCACCUUUAUGAACUCUUUCUCAUAAGCUCCCCCGCUCGACUAUCGAGGCCCAUCGUUCUACUCUUCUCUCCGGCGUCGGAGGAGCUCGAGCUCGCCGGCGUCGGGACUCUCCGUUACAUCUCCGUGUUAUUACCGUCUCUCCUAGCAUUUUCAUAGUCUGUGUUUUCGCCUGCUGCCUCGCUUCCGUUUUGCUUUGUGCUUGCUCUGUCACCACUCAUCUUGCUCGCCGUCUCAUCGUCAUUUCGUCUGCUCGGAUCUGUGUAGCCGUUUCUCAUCUCAGGGCGUGGGUAAGAGCCGGAUCUGUUCAGUCAGUGAGUAAGCUCACCGGAUCUGUUCGACUCUUCGUCACCAUGGCAACGCCGUCUCUGAUACGAGCCAAGUCUCUUCCUCCACCAUCAGAUCUAUCGCUCACUUCACCUACUCUGGUCUCCCGUCGCCGCGCUUCUCCAACCGGAAUCUUUCGCCGACGAGAUAGACCCAUCACCACCGUCACCACCACGCCGUGUGCUUUGCGUUUGUGCUUCUCUCCUGUUCUUAUCUUCAAGCCCGGCUCUCCCUCUGUAACACCGUCUCAACCCCCACAGGACAGCAAGUACUCCGUGCUCAGCCCGUUCUCGACUAGGCUCACCGGACACACGACGACAGCUCCCUCCGACGACGCCUCAUGCUCCGACGGCGCAUUGGGUGCGAUUAUUUGCCAAAGGAAAACCCUAAUCUUAGUGGGCCUUAUGGGCUUGGGCCUGGCCACAAGGAGUUCAGCUACCAACCUUUUUUCCAAACGAUACAUUUGGUUUCACUCGUGGACAUGGGCAGUGUGCAUAACUAAAAUCACCGAAUCUAUGCUUAGCACCGGUUCACCUAGCCGGCCCCUCCCUCUUGUGUAUCGUCCUUCCCCAAACCCAAAGUCUUUUCAGAGAUCACUGAUGGAGAUAGAGCUGUUUGUUUACUGAACUAUUUAGCUAGUUCUAGAUGUUCUUUGGACUGUUCAGCCCUCUCACAAACCCAUUCGCUUGGGUGUAUCAACGUCGUUUACGACUAUGGCAAGCUUGUUGGAGCUUUCGUUUCAGGGAUACAAGUGAAGAUCAUCCAAGGAUUUCUUCACACUGAGCUAGCCUCUCCCACCAACAUUUCUAUCUUAUGUUUUAGUGUACUCUUUGUUGUUCAUCUGACCGUUGAAAUUAACUCCGGUUUUAUCUUCUUAUCGUGGAGCAUAGCUCCGGUUGUAACCCCUUAACUUUUAAAUUUUAAUAUAUUACGUUGCCAAAAAAAAAAAAAAAAAAGAUAGGG